CGCAUUCACCACAGGCCUUGCAAGCACUGUCUCUUAAGAAUCUGACGAAAGAUGCCUCACUUUCUGCGACCUGCACAUACCUUCUCUCGCGUUCGACAUGUCUCUCAGGCUAGAGCUUCACAAUACCCACGACUUCUCGCGACACUUGCAUCUGAUGUUCGCUCAGACUCGUCUUUCCGUAUCCCGGUCAUCAACUUCCGCAAGUUCAGGGAGGCUACUUCCAUGUCUGAGAAACGGGAUGUUGCGGAUGAGGUUAUCAAUGGAUUCAAAGAAGUCGGGUUCAUCUACUUGGACCAGCAUGGGAUUCCGGAUGCGACUGUGGAGAACGUCUUUGACAAGAGCGCGGAGUUCUUCCGUCUUCCCACAGAAGCAAAGUCGAAGCUGGCUUGGGAAGACCCACGUUCGAACCGUGGUUAUGUCCAAGCUGGUCGCGAACGUGUAACCCAAUCCGCCGAUCCAGACGAGAUCGCGAAGCUGCGUGCAAGCGCACCCGACACGAAAGAGUCCAUGGAAAUUGGUCGCGAUAGGGACAAGACUUGGAAGAACCAGUGGCCUCAGGAACAAGAUGCCCCGGGGUUCAAGCAAACGAUGCUGCAAUUCUUCCAGACUUGUCAUGAGCUUCACGUCCUUGUCAUGCGAUCUAUUGCCCUCGGCCUGGAUCUCGAUGAGAAGUUCUUCGAUAGCAAGAUCGACCAGCAAUAUCACAACCUGCGGCUCCUCUCGUAUCCACCCAUCAAGACUGAACUGUUGCAAAAGGACGGACAGGCUCGUGCGGGGGCUCAUUCCGAUUAUGGUACAUUGACCUUAUUAUUCCAAGACUCAGUUGGUGGACUCGAAGUCCAGAACCCGCACACGAAGGAAUACCACCCAGCAACACCUAUGCCGGGAACAAUAGUGAUCAACGCAGGCGACCUCCUCGCCCGCUGGUCCAACGACGUCAUCCGCUCAACCCUCCACCGCGUCGUCGCGCCCCCAGCCGUACGCAUCAGCGACACACAUUCCAUAACUGCCCAACGACAAUCCGUCGCCUUCUUUUGCAAUCCGAACCAGGACGCGCAGAUCACUUGCCUUCCGAACUGUCACGGACCGGGAUUGGAGAAGAAGUACGCGCCUGUGACGACAGAGGAUUAUAUCGUCGGGCGGUUGGCCGCUACAUAUACUUGAAUAACGUAGGGUAUUUCGGAGACAUUUGGGCGUCGCCAGAGCUAUUUUUCUUUGAGGGUUCCAUGUCGUUUUGAGGGAAUUUUCCAAGAUCUCAAUGUAUGAAUCAUGUACUUUGCGGGCAUUGUUUUACCGUCGUCAUUAGGUCACCACUGCUGGACACGAGAAGGGUUGCGAAGUUGCGAGUAACCAAGAUAUAUCAC